AUGGCGCAAGCAGGCGGCUCUUACAAUAAUCCGUUAAAGAAGUUUAAAUUGGUCUUCUUAGGGGAGCAGAGUGUGGGGAAGACGUCUCUCAUCACACGAUUCAUGUACGACUCCUUCGACAACAUGUACCAGGCAACAAUUGGCAUCGAUUUCCUCUCGAAAACUAUGUAUCUGGAAGACCGAACGGUACGGUUACAAUUGUGGGAUACGGCCGGUCAAGAACGAUUCCGAAGUCUUAUCCCUUCGUAUAUUCGAGAUUCGAGUGUGGCAGUGGUGGUCUAUGACAUUUCAAAUGCGAAGUCCUUCCAGAAUACGCGGAAAUGGGUAGACGAUGUCCGAGGAGAGCGUGGAAACGAUGUGAUCAUUGUGCUGGUGGGAAACAAGACUGAUUUGAACGACAAGCGUGAGGUUACAACCCAGCAGGGAGAGGAAGAAGCAAAGAAGAACAACUUGAUGUUCAUCGAGACGAGUGCGAAGGUCGGCCAUAAUGUCAAGAACCUAUUCAGAAGGAUAGCACAAGCUUUACCAGGUAUGGAGGGAGCAGAGGGUUCUGCGGCCGCUGGAAACCAAAUGAUUGACGUUAACAUCAACCCCACACCUCAGAACCAAGAAGGUUGUGCUUGUUGAACGGUUUGCGAUCUCGGUGGCUUUCUCUUCAUCUACUUGUGUUAUAGGGAACGUUCAAGGAUAUGAGCAUAGCGUUCUAUGGUUUGGCAGCAUUUGUAUGAUACCGAAUAGCGGCCUUCUUCUUGGCAUAGGUACUCCAAAGUAAUGUAGAAUAUCGAGUGUUCCAGCAACUUGUUAGGAUUUGUUCUCAAAUCAGAUUAGACUGACAGCCUUCCAUCACCACGCGAAGAUGCUUCUAAGACGUGUGGCUGAGACAUUGUGUUCGGAAUUUCUUCUGCGGUGUUUAAUUUAAGGUUACUUGGGAAUAGCGUGACAAGCCCCCAGACGGAGGCUGAAAUGAAAUGCCAAACGGGUCCUUUUCACGCUCC